AACCACCACGAGCUGCUCUGCACAGAAGUUCUCUCGUCCCACGACAGCUCGACAAGUCCUGAAUGUGAGCAGCGAGACACACGUCAAGAAGUGCAGCCAUGAAGUUUCACGCUCUCGCCUUCGUCCUGCUCUUCGCCUUCAUGUACCUGAGUCUGGCACAAGGCUCAUUUGAUGACUGCUGCCUCGGUUACGUCGUCAGCCUUCCAAAAAAUGCAAUGAAAAACAUCGUGGGCUACAGGACUCAGAGAGCAGAUGGCGAUUGCAACAUCAGCGCCGUCGUGUUUCAGAUGAGGAAGAGGCGCGCGCAUAAAAAGCAAAAGACGGUCUGUGCCAACCCGGAGGACGCCUGGGUGAAGGAGAAGAUAGAGAGCAUGAACAGGAGGGCCCAGAGUUAAACAACAACAACAAAAAAGGGAGAGAAACCAGAGAAGAGAGGCCUCAGCCGGCACCUUUCACCACAUGGAUUGUGUUUGGGUAGUUUUCCCUGUUCCCUGACACAGAAUGUAAAUCAUGUACGCGGUUCUUCAUCAUAUACACAAACAUACUGUAUUCUAUAGCCAGUAUAGCAGAAUCCAUUUAUAUGUGAGCCACCAGCAAGAAACUGUUCACGUCUCUGUGAUGCGUAGAGCCUGCUAGGAUUGAGCCACUCUUUGGCAGCUUUCAAAUGUGAUAUAAAUGUAAAAGAAACGCUUUAGGGACAAGCCGAGAGGUUUGUUUGUUUUUUAAUGUGUAUACGACAGAUUUCCGUAUUUUUGUAUCAGCACUCUAACUGUACUUUGUGUUCUCCGGUAUCAAAUAAAGAACAAAUGCAAAGAAA